UUUCAUGUUAUAUUCUCCAAGACAAGGAUUCGUACCUUAGUCUGUUGUGAAUCCUUGCUGUGAUAUAAACUGCCCAUGUUCACGAGAUGGGGUCCCUUUUGUAUCUCUGUCUACUGAUUACAAUUCAGUAUUGCGCAUUAUCACUAGGUGAGCCUUCACAAUACAGAUUAUACAGACCUUAUGGGAACAAUCAAGUAGUCAUCACCGAUGGAUUCGGGCGAUCUUUCCUGCAAUCAUCAGCCAGUUAUAGAGCAGCCAGCACUUCCCAAGUCUCAGCAACUUGCACUUCGACCACAUGCGGCCCAAACGCCCGAUGCUACGUCAUAGGCGGUCGAGCAGUAUGCUCGUGCUUUAAAGGCCACACCGGCGACCCCUUAGUCCAGUGCAAAAGGGAAGAGUGCUUGUACGACAGCGAAUGCAGAGGCCAGCUAGCUUGCCGAAACGGCAAAUGCAUCGACCCGUGCGCCGGCACCUGCGGAGCAAACGCCCAUUGCCAAGCCAGAGGCAGCACCCCGGUCUGCAGUUGCCCGGCCGGAUACACCGGCAACGCGGCCAUCUCCUGCCGACGGUUCAACCCAGAGGAACUGUGCCACCCGAGCCCCUGCGGCCCGAACACCCACUGCGAGGUCAGGAACGGCGUGCCGAGCUGCUCGUGCCUGCCGGGCUUCCACCAAACGCCGUCGGGCGCCGUGGUGGGCGGCUGCCGGCACGAGUGCGAGAGCGACGCCGAGUGCGGCCCCAUCCAGGCCUGCGUCGACUUCAAGUGCCAGAACCCGUGCCUGAGCCAGUGCGGCGAGAACGCCGAAUGCGAGACGAUCGCCAAUCACCGAGCCGUCUGCAAGUGCCCGCCGAACUACUUCGGCAACCCGCACGUGUCCUGCAAGCCGGAGUGCUACGGCGACGUGGACUGUCCCAGCUCGAGGCCGGCGUGCAUCUACGGCAUUUGCAAGAACCCGUGCGAAGGGGAAUGCGGCGAGGGGGCCAAUUGCGAGCUGAGAGGCCUUACGCCGGUGUGUUCGUGCCCGAAGGAUAUGACCGGGCAUCCUUUCGUGCGUUGCAGACCGUUCGAGCCGAGGGACUUGUGCGAGCCGGUGAAUCCUUGCGGAACCAACGCGCACUGCGAGCCAGGAUUCGAUAGAUCCGGAAAAGAAAGGCCUGUUUGUACUUGUCCUCAUGGUUACACCGGGGAUCCUUUGAUCGCUUGCUUUAAAGGAGAGUGUACAGAAGACAGCCACUGUCCUGAUCAUCAAGGUUGUAUAGACCUCAAAUGUCAGACUCCUUGCAUUAAUAAAUGCGGGGUGAACGCGAAUUGCGACGUCCGCCGCCACAUUGCUGUGUGUACUUGUCCUGCAGGAUACUCGGGAGAUGCUAUCAUACAAUGCUAUCCGAAAACAUUCACAGAAGUUGCCAAUUAUAGACUUUACUGAUGUUUAAUUAAAGUUGAAAACGUUACCGUAACAACACUGUAGAAAUUAAUCUGUACAAUUUGCGAAAAAAUGCUAUUAAUUUUGUUAAUAAAAAAUUUUAAUACA